GGGGUGGUGUCAGGGAGGGGGGAGAGCUGGCUUUUUACUCUGUGAGGAGGAAGUUGUGUUACAAAGGAAAAGCUUUGGCAAUUGUUGGGUGGAAAAUGUAGAAUAAAAUCAGGAUAUAUUGGAAAUGCAGCGCAGGCGGAUCAGAAGCUUAAAGAAGCCCUGGGUUCGGCCCGCGAGGACUCUUUUGUGGAGGAUUUUCCCUUCCUGGGCCGGUGAGGUUUCAACGAUUCGAUCGACCACCUCGUUCCUGGGCCUCGGGUACAGUCAAGUGUCGAGGUAGAUAUAAAAUCUACAAGUCAGAAACAUGGUUGUCAAGCUGUUUUUUCCCAGUUGCUGUUCUGAAGCAGACAGUGGCCUGCUGAUCGGUCGCUGGAUUGAAGAGCAGAAUGCUGCAGUUAUCCUUGCAGUUAUUCACUAUCCGUUCAUUCCUGGACAAGUGAAGCAGUACCUUAAUGAGAUUCAUGAUGCCACGAAGGUGGAUGUUUGUGUUCUUGGGUCAUGGAAUAAGCACAACUCUGGGCCAAAGGAAGACUUGAGCCAGUUUCUGGAGGAUCUGAGUUCCAUUUUUCCACAUGAUCUCUGGUUACAGUUAAAACAGGAGAAACAGAAUCAGUCUGUCUUCAGCUGUCAGCUGGUUGAAAAAGAUGGAAAGGAUAAAAUAGAAAAAGUUAUCUUAAUCCAUUAUGACCAGCGCAAGGUUAUGCUUUCAAAGUUGCAUGGCCUGGAUAGUAAAACCCCACAGGACAUCGGUAACACUGAAAUGGAUUCGAAAAAUAUUACCUCAGAUUUUGCAACAAUAUUUGAUACCGUUUCUCAGUGUGAAAUAUUAUUUAUGAUUGAUCAAUAUGACGAUACUCCAAUUAAGUUUACUCACUGGCAAACAGAAGGAAGAGAAGCCAGUAUUAUUGUGGAACUUGUGAAACAGGCAUCAGUACCAAUAUGCAUGGCACUUUCGUUCUUCGUGACCCUUGUUUCGUACAUCUGCAAAAGCAGAGUGUUAAAUGUAUGGCCUCUACGUUUUUUAUGGAGCAAACUAUCGACAUGUGUGCAGGUUGCACAUCGUUUGGAACACUUGCAGAUGAUCACAAGUACCACAAAAGCACAGACUCACUCAGAGUUUAUGAGAAAGGCCAACCUCUUUGUCUCAUUCCUGAUUGAUGUGGCCCUAGGAAUUCUGCUGAUCUCUUGGCUCUAUCAGAAGAAUCGCAUUGGGCAGUUAGCAGGUGCCCUUGUUCCGUUUGCUGAUUACAUUGCUAAAGAGUUACAGAAUCUGUUAGAGUGGUUGAUGGGAGCUCCUGCUGGUUUGAAGAUGAACAAGGCACUAGACCAAGUACUGGGACGAUUCUUCCUCUAUCACAUCCAUCUUUGGAUAAGUUACAUUCAUCUGAUGUCUCCAUUCAUUGAGAUGAUCCUGUGGUAUGCUGGACUGUCAGCAUGCCUGGGUCUGACUAUAGCCCUCUCCAUUGUUUCAGACAUCAUUGCCCUCCUGACAUUUCACAUCUACUGCUUUUAUGUUUACGGGGCAAGACUGUACUGUUUCAAGAUCUAUGGGUUGUCAUCUCUGUGGCGGUUAUUCAGAGGAAAGAAGUGGAAUGUUCUGAGGCAACGUGUUGACUCCUGCUCAUAUGACUUGGAUCAGUUGUUUAUUGGAACCCUGCUGUUUACCAUUCUCCUCUUCCUCUUGCCAACUACAGCACUCUACUACCUGGUGUUUACAUUGCUACGUCUGGUUGUGGUUAUCGUGCAAGGUCUCAUUCAUUUGUUUGUGGACCUCAUAAACUCUCUCCCGUUCUAUGCAUUAGGACUUCGACUGUGCCGACCUUACGUUCUUGCAGUUGGUGUGAAGUUUGACGUUUUUCAGAAAGUCUCUGACAAACCUCUUCACUUGUUAAUGCAGAUCAAUCCAUUGACCUACGGGAUGAUAAUCCAGCAUUACAGAUUGGCAACCUACAGCUGUUAUCCCAAAGAUUCCUGGGCGGCACUUUGUAAGAAACUUUUCAUUGGGGAACUGAUUUAUCCUUGGAGGCACAAAACUGAGAAACAAGACUGAGGAAACCUAACAUGAGAACAGCAGUCUGAGCAAGUGCACUUGUCUAAUGUUAUGUAUAUCUUUUAUUUCAUUUUAGGAUGAAGAUUUUAAACCAGUUAAGGCAAGUUAACUGCAGUAAAUCUUUUUUAAAUUGACGCAAUCAAAAUACAAAUGAUUUUUAAAAGAAAAUUAUAACCAUUUAAAAUGAGAUAUUUCAAUAUUGCCAAACUUUUUUUUUCUCCCUGACAUAUUGCAACCAAGUAAACAGUGCACUGAGAAAAAUUAAAAUACUCCUAACUAUUAAAGUAUUCGUGUUUAAGAAGCACAAUAUAUUUGUUAACCCUCUCUAAUAUAGUGAAGCACUUUACCAUCCAUUGGGUGUGAGAUUUAACCAUUAAUCUAAGAGUAGGUCCAGGGAAAUACCACUCUUCCUGAAGCAGCCAGUUACUUUACAUAUUAGUUCAACCACCAAUGACCCUACAACUGAUAUUAUAACCAUAAUAGUUACUUAGAAAUUGAGAGUAUCUUUUCUUUGUAAUGAUGACAGAUAUCCAGUAGUUUAAAUCAAUUUUAAAUAAUAUUUCAUAAUAAUAUUUAAGAAUUUUU